AUGCAGCACAUGCGGCAAGUGUGGCGCCUCGAUAAACUCUACCAAGUCAUCGAGGCGGAGACAGUGCGAGCCUUGCUGAGCCCUCCCGCCGACACUGACCUGAUUUGUACGGCUGCAACGGCCAAGCGGGCGACAACCUUCACCUAUCUCGUUCUCGUAGCAUCUGAUAGCUUCACCAUCUCUCGGGUCGGCAAACUCCAUCUCGGCACAUCCAUCGAACCGCCGCCAGCACAGCCAUUCCACCGGCAAAUCUCCGCUCCCCAACUCGACGAUAGGCCGGGCGACUUCGCUCUCAUCGCUGGUGGCUGA